AUGAAGGAAGCGGACAUCAACAUCGAGGUCGUGGCCUCGCUGCCGUUCUUCGCCGGCCUCCUGGCGCUGGUGAUGGUGGUCGGGCUGUACCUGAAGAUCCGCUCGUCGCCCGACGGCGAGGGCGUCCAGGUCGAGAUCUCGCGCCAGGUCCAGGAGGGCGCCCAGUCCUUCCUGCGCACCGAGUACCUGUAUCUCAUUCCCUUCUCCAUCGCGUGCGCGGCGUUCAUCGUCGGCGUGCUCGAGGGCCAGGCUUCGCCCCCGCUCGGCUUCACCCAGAAGGGCGGCUGGCAGACGAUGAUCUGCUUCUUCGUCGGCGCUCUGCUGUCGGCGACGGCGGGCUACAUGGGCAUGAUGGUCGCCACGAUGUCCAACGUGAAGACGAUGGAGGCCGCCAAGACGGGCCUGAACCCCGCCCUGCGCGUGGCCUUCUCCGCCGGCGCCGUCAUGGGCUUCACCGUCGUCUCGCUCGGCCUGCUCGGCAUCACCAUCCUGCUGUACAUCUUCACCAAGGGCCGGAACCCGGACAGCUCGGACGAGGGGCAGUACAUGAAGGACGCGGUGCGCUUCCUCACGGGCUUCGGGUUCGGCGCGUCCUCGAUCGCGCUGUUCGCGCGUGUGGCCGGCGGCAUCUACACCAAGGCCGCGGACGUCGGCGCCGACCUCGUCGGCAAGGUCGAGAGCGACAUCCCCGAGGACGACCCGCGGAACCCCGCGACGAUCGCGGACAACGUCGGCGACAACGUCGGCGACGUUGCCGGCAUGGGCGCGGACCUGUUUGAGUCGUUCUGUGGUUCGAUCAUCGCGGCGGCGACGCUGGCGGACUCGCGGGCGCAGAUCGCGUUCCCGUUCUGGAUCGCGGGCGGCGGCAUCGUGUGCGCGAUCAUCGGGUUCUUCGUCGUGCGCACGAAGGACGACGCGAACCAGAAGCAGCUCCUGCACUCGAUCCACGGCGGCAUGUACACCGCCGCCGUGCUCGUGGUCGGGCUCUCGGCGCUCCUCACGUACGCCGUGUUCGACGACAACGAGGUCGUCGGCACCAGCGACGCCUGGAAGAUCUACGGCUGCAUCCUCAUCGGCCUCCUGACCGGCAUCCUGAUCGGCGAGUCGACCGAGUACUUCACGUCGUACGCUUACUCCCCCACCAAGUCGAUCACUGAGGCCGGUUCGAUGGGUGGCGCGGCGACGGUCAUCAUCCAGGGUCUCGGCGUGGGCAUGCUGUCGUGCCUGCCGCCCGUGAUCUUCAUCGGCGUGGCCAUCAUCGCGUGCAACGAGCUCUCGGGCGUGUACGGCGUGUCCAUCGCCGCCGUCGGCAUGCUCUCCACGCUCGGCGUGACCCUCGCCACGGACGCCUACGGCCCCGUCGCCGACAACGCCGGCGGCAUCGCCGAGAUGACGCCCGACUGCCCGGACUACGUCCGCGAGCGCACGGACCUCCUCGACGCGCUGGGCAACACCACGGCCGCCACGGGCAAGGGCUUCGCGAUCGGCUCCGCGGUGCUCACGGCGCUGUCGUUCCUCGUGUCGUACGCCGAGCAGAUCGACGUGACGGCCGUGUUCGACCUGAAGGACCCCCUCGUGCUCGCCGGCCUCAUCGGCGGCUCCAUGCUCCCGUACCUCUUCGCGGCCCUGACGAUGCUGUCGGUGCGCAAGGCCGCCGGCGCGAUCAUCGUCGAGGUGCAGCGCCAGUUCCGCGAGAUCCCCGGCCUCCUCGACGGCAAGGAGGGCGUCAAGUGCGACACCACGGCCUGCGUGCGCAUGUGUACGCAGUCGUCCCUCAAGGAGAUGCUCCUCCCCGGCGCCAUCGCCGUCUUCUCGCCCAUCGUGGCCGGCCUCCUCGUGGGCGCCCGCUUCCUCGCGGGCAUCCUCGGCGGCUCCAUCGCGUCGGGCUUCAUGCUCGCCAUCAUGAUGUCGAACGCCGGCGGCGCGUGGGACAACUCGAAGAAGUACGUGGAGAACGAGAACGUGUACGGCGGCAAGAAGAGCGCGACGCACAAGGCGGUGGUCGUCGGCGACACGGUUGGCGACCCGUUCAAGGACACGUCGGGCCCCGCGCUCAACAUCCUGAUCAAGCUCAUGUCGGUGUUCGCGCUCGUGAUGACGCCGCUGUUCAAGAUCGACGACUGGGAGACGUGGUGGGGCGGCCUGAUCGCGCUGGCCAUCAUGUGCGUCGUGGUCGGCAUCGCCUACUACUACGCGUGGGUGCGCGAGGACGACCCGCUGAAGCGGGCGCUGGAGGAGAAGGAGAAGGAGGAGAAGAACAAGGCGUGA